UUCAACCAAAAAAAAAAAAUUCAUACGCAAAAACAUUUGAUGAUAUAGAUUUCAUGUAAUUUUGCAGAAACAACAAUUUUCGCACGUUCAUUCCGCACAGAAUCACGAGCUAAGGAACAAUAAAUAUCGCAUUUAUUCAUUUUCUCUGUCGCGUGAUUGAUUCCAUUGUUUGCGGGAUAAACAUUGCCUCGCUCUACGCUUUCGCCGGUGUUGAUCUCUUCCUAAGGAGCUUCGCAAGAAGAGGUUGAUGAUUGACCGAUGCAGUAACAUAGUUGAGGCAUUUUCAGGAAAAUGAGGUUCAGAUAAGCUGAAACUUUCUGAAAGGGUGCAGUUUAAUCAUUACAUAGUUUCACAAAGCUGAUAGUAUCAAUUGAAUAUACAAUCAAUUUGGGAUGUAAAAUCUGGUGUCUGUAACCUCAAUGGGUGCUGAAGCUGACAACCUGGAUACAGAUGAGCUAGUUUUCUCGAUUAUGUGUAAGCAGACAGUUGGAGACUUAUUCUAGACAUGGAUGACUUCAUGGACUUUAAUGCUCUUCUUCCCAGCUGGAAAAAUCCAGCUGAAAUGGCAGAAUCUCAUCUGUUUAUUGUAUCUUGCUUCAUUGCUGGUUUGGUGGGCGUAUUAACUAUUUUUUACACAGCUUUCCAGUGGAGAAGAAACAUUAAUUUAACUUGGAUGAGAGCCAUAGCCAGGUCAAAGAAAAACCCCAAAACAAGGCACAUGGUUGCCAUGGCUCCUCAUACUUGGGUUUUGGAAUCUGUAGCUCGAGGGAAAAGCUUUAAGUGCUGUGUUUGUUUAAAGUCUGUGCAACCUUCCCAAACCCGCAGUCAAAUGGUACCUUCUGAUGGUUUUACUCACUGUUGUAGCAUAUGUGGUGCAGCGUCCCACUUGGGUUGCUCCUCUAAUGCUCACAGAGACUGUAAGUGUGUGUCGAUGUUUGGCUAUGAACACAUGAUGCAUCAAUGGGCAGUGCGGUGGACCAAGGUAACAGAUCAACCCGGUGAAUCCUCAUUCUGUUGCUACUGUGAAGAGUCAUGCAGUGGUACUUUUCUUAGGGAAUCCCCAAUAUGGUGUUGCUUAUGGUGUCAGCGCUUGGUGCAUGUUGACUGCCAUGGUAAUUUGUUUAAUGACACAGGGGAUGCUUGUGAUUUGGGACCUUAUAGAAGGCUUAUACUAUCACCUCUAUAUGUGAAACAAUUUGUUAGGACUUCUUCUGGUGGAUUUCUGUGUUCCAUCACCCAAGGAGCCAAUGGGAUUGCAUCUUCUGUGCGUGCUAGCAUAAGAUGUCAGAGUAUGAAUUAUAAGCAUGGAAUUCAGAUCUCAAAUGAUAUUGGUGAUAGUAGUGAUAUGAGUGGCACCUCCAUGGAGAUUACGAAGGAGACCAGUCAGAUGGUGAAUGGUUCUCAUAGAACUGAAGAAAACCAAAACGGUCAAACAAAUACUGAGGAGGUGGACCAACAAGGAGAAGCAAAAACGGGUCCUAGUUUGAAAAGAAGCUUAACUAUUAAUCAAAAGGAGGGGACGCAGUUAGAAGGCCUGAGACAAAAGUAUGAUAUAAAUGAUCUGCCACCUGAGGCAAGGCCCUUACUCGUGUUCAUCAACAAAAAGAGUGGAGCUCAACGAGGAAAUUCACUCAAACAGAGACUGAAUAUUCUACUGAAUCCUGUACAGGUUUUUGAAUUAAGCUCAACACAAGGACCGGAAGCUGGACUCUACUUAUUUAGAAAGAUUCCUCAUUUCCGAAUUCUUGUUUGUGGAGGAGAUGGUACUGUUGGCUGGGUUCUGAAUGAAAUAGACAAACAAAACUUUGUUUCACCUCCACCAGUGGCCAUUCUUCCUGCUGGGACUGGAAAUGAUAUGUCUCGAGUACUUUCUUGGGGGGCUGGCCUAGGUUCAGUUGAGAGGCAAGGAGGUCUGUAUACAUUAUUAGAUCACAUAGAACAUGCUGCAGUUACCAUGCUUGAUAGAUGGCAGGUAUCAUUCUCGAGCCAGCACAGGAAACCACUCCAUUCUCCUAAAUUCAUGAACAACUAUCUUGGGGUUGGAUGUGAUGCAAAAGUUGCUUUGGAAAUCCAUAAUAUGAGAGAAGAGAACCCUGAUAAGUUCUACAACCAGUUCAUGAAUAAGGUUCUUUAUGCAAGAGAAGGUGCUAGGAGCAUAAUGGAUAAGACUUUUGCCCACUUCCCCUGGCAAGUUCGGGUGGAUGUGGAUGGUGUCGAGGUUGAGGUUCCUGAGGAUGCAGAGGGUAUCCUUGUAGCUAAUAUUGGGAGUUAUAUGGGUGGUGUUGACCUAUGGCAGAAUGAAGAGGAGAACUAUGAUAAUUUUGAUCCUCAAUCUAUGCAUGACAAAGUGCUUGAGGUAGUAAGCAUUUCAGGGACAUGGCAUCUUGGAAAGCUGCAGGUUGGGCUAUCUCGGGCUCGCAGGCUUGCACAGGGGCAGUCUAUUAAGAUUCAGAUUUUUGCUGGCUUGCCGGUACAAAUAGAUGGAGAGCCAUGGUUCCAACCGCCUUGUUCAUUAACCAUCACACAUCACGGACAGGCCUUUAUGUUGAAGAGAGCCGCAGAAGAACCUCUUGACCAUGCAGCUGCAAUUAUUGCUGAUGUCCUUGAGAAUGCUGAAACAAAUCAUGUCAUCGAUGCAUCACAAAAAAGGGCAUUGCUUCAAGAAAUGGCUCUGAGGCUCUCUUAGGUUAUCUUUUACGUUUAGCUAUGACCACGUCUGUUCGUAUACAAAAAUGAUCAGUUUGUCUCACUUCCUUUUUACGGGUGAUCUAUAUUUUGUAUGUAGUAUUUACUAGAAAGAGAAGAAUGCUGUUAGUGACCUUAUUGUAUACAAACAUUCUUCCUCAAUGUGCAGCAAUGUUUUUAGCAGCAAUGCUUAUA